UCCUUCUCUUCAUUAAACUAGACAUACCCAAUUCCAGCAGCCGUUCCUCAUAUGCUUUAGCCUCCAGUCCCCUAAUCAACUUUGUUGCUCUUCUCUGUACUCUUUCUAGAGUCUCAACAUCUUAGUAUGGCUUAACACAAUGGUCUCUUUCACACACUUGCUAAGAUAGUGAUGGAAUUUCUGCCCCAUUUUUACCUAAUCUGGCAUAUGAAAGCCAGCUAGUAUGUUCUGAACAUUUUACUGUUUUGCUGUCAGAGAAAAAUUGGGUAGCAAAUCAGUAGAAAGCAGUUUUCCUGGUCUCUGACAAAUGGAACAUAGUGGACGUGCUCAGUUGUUUAAUGCCAAUACCUAUUGAAUAUUCACUGCAAGGCAACAAAUUGUAAACAGUAUUCAUAUUUUCUAGUUUGAUGUCUACCACAGAGAUAAGUUGUUUAAUCUAUUCUGCUUAACCUCUGCAACAGAAGAAGAGGAUAAGAUGCUUAUUUCUCAGGGACAGUGGGUUUUGGAAAUGGCAAAUAAGUCCUGAGACAGUCAGCCUAUUGGCAAUGCAGCAAUACAGUAUCUAUUUUGUUACGUUUAGAAUUCUGUGUCACACUCAGCUUACAAAAUUUCACAUCUCCGAUUAACACAAUACUUCUUUGCAGCAUAAUCUGAGCUCUCUCAGAAUGACCAUGACGGAAAAGAGAAGAUGUAUUGUUUUUCAUUUUCCUUUUGAAAUUAGGGAGUUGGCUUUUCUUUCCCACAGUGCUGAGCUGUCAGAAAUGCACAAUGAAUCAGCAUUUGUUGACUCGGUCAAUAAAUAAUUAAACAUGUGCUUGACAAGGAAGAUACAUGUUUCAUCUCCAGAAAUUAUCUGCCUUGGUUUCACCGGGUCUAUUGUGAUUGUCUUUCUUGGGCUGCCUCUCAGAGAUCCUGAUUUUCCCCCCACCCCAGCCCAGCCCAGCCCCCCACAAAGUUUUUAAUCCUUGACUGAUUGCAAACAUCACCAACUUCUAUUAGGGUACACUCCCUUGAUUUUAUCUAGCAGACUUCCUUCCAUGAAUAGCUGCAUUGGAUUGAAAGAGAUGAGCAUUCAGUCAUCAAGAACUGUGUGACUUCUUUGAGAAAGAGAAACCACCCUGCAGAUAUAUGAAGCUAAAAUUCUACUUAAUGAAUUGUAGAAGCUACCUGGAAGGCACUUGAUCACGAAAAAGCAGUGUAUAGAUCUCUGGUGUUGAAUCAAAGCAUUCUGAGACAGAGCCACAAUUUUAUCCUGAGAAAAAGCCUUAUUUGGGUGUGGGUUAAGUGCUGCAUGGCUUGAUUCCCAUGAAAUUAUUGGCUCUUUGUGUUUCUUAGGAAAAUACUAGGCAAUCAAGGUAUAGAGUAUAGUUGGUUGUUGCAGUGAAUUUUGUAUGGGAUGUUAUUUUUUUUCAUUGCUUUACCUUGUAAACUGCCUAGAGCCACCCAGUGAAGCAUAUUCACCAGCAGUGGAUUUUCAAAGUGACAAACAAAGCCACAGUCUGGUGACCCUCCUCCAAUGGAUUCUGUUCAGAUUUUACAACCCUUUGUGAGAAUGAAGGCUGUCACACAAUUAGUAGAGCCUCUCUGUGAGUUUUAACAAGGUUAGAGGUAAAUAGCCCAAAGCCAAUCUAACCCAUUACCAUAACAAGGGACCCAGGAAGAGGAGGACUAAAGGCCAGGGCAGCAGGCCCCCAAGAAACCCAAAGAUUAGACUUUUUUUGUUGUUGUUAAUUGCGAAGUCGUGUCCGACCCAUCGCGACCCCAUGGACAACGUUCUUCCAGGUCUUCCUGUCCUCUACCAUCUUCUGGAGUCCAUUUAAGUUCACACCUACUGCUUCAGUGAUUCCAUCUAGCCAUCUCAUUCUCUGUCGUCCCCUUCUUCUAUUGCCCUCAAUCUUUCCCAGCAUUAGGCCCUUCUCCAGUGAGAAGAUUAGACUUAACAUUUACCAUAAAGUGGGUUUUUAUAUUGGGCAAUUCUUGGAAUUCUUAAUAGCUUCUGUUACUCUUGCAAUAACCUUAGUUAUCAGGGACCUGCAUCCUUGACUCUUUGUCUACUUAAUUUCCCAUUCUGGUAUCAGCAGAUAACAAAUUGGUCAGCUCUCUGGUUUAAUCUGUCACCAUUCUUUACUCAAAGAUGCCAUUUAAAAUUUAAAAACAGUGACAUAACCAUCCUGCUCAGUAGGUCAAUAAAUCUUGACCUUUUAUCAGUCAUAUAAAGGUAAAUGUUGACCUAUGGAGCAACUUCUCUGUUGUUUAAGACUAACAACUUUUGCUCCUCUGGUUUUUCUUGUUUGUAAACCAUAUACUUCAAUACAACAUAUUUACCCCUCUCUGCCUUAUUCUGAACUCUAUGCCUAUUAGAGUAACAGUCAUAUAGUUGAAUUCCUAUACUUUGCAUAUCAUGACUUUUGAGUUUGUUUUUACAGAAAACAAAAAGAUGGUAAAUAUUUUGAGGUAAAGGUAAGUGAGAAAUGAAAUCCCACUUUGCAGAUCAGAUUUAUACUUAUAAAAAGCAUAGUUGCUCCUCAUUUAACAACCGCAGUGGGGACUGGCAACUCCAUUGUUAAGUGAUGCAGCCAUUAAGUGAAACAUUGUGUAAGCACACCCAAUUUACAUCAGUUCUGCUAGCAUUUAAGUGAAUUACCUUGGACAUUAAGGGCAACAUCACAUGACCACAACUUGCGACCUUCUGCCAUCUUUACCAUUGACUUUGCUUGUUGGAAGCCAGCUGUGAAACUUGCAAAUGACGAUCCCAUGACCACAGGACAUUGCAACCAUUGUAACCGUGUGUUGAUUGCCAGGCACCUAAAUUGCAAUCCCAUGACCAUGGAAAUGCUGCAACCAUUGUAAGUGCUAAGGCUAGUUUUUUAGUGCUGUUGUAAGUUCAAACAGUUGCUAAACCGCAGUAGUUAACUGGGACUGGAUAGACAGCUUCCAUGCAGAGUCAUUUGCAUUUUAUCCUUGUCUCAGAUGCAUAGCUAUCAGAAGAAGGGGUUAAGUUUUGUGCAGCCAUGAUGGAAACCCCACCCCUCAUAUGUUUUGAGUGACAUUGCGAUUCAAAUACCCAAAAGCAAAGCUUGCAUCAUGACAUCACAAUGUAUGUUCUAUAAUUUUGGCAUUAUCACGGUUAGGAAUGGUUUUCUUUCUUGGAUGUACAUUAAUUCUCAACCAGCACAGAUAAAAUAUAGCCAGAGGGUGUUGAAGUCUAAUACACCUGGAGGACACGAGGUGGGGGGGGGGAAACUGAAUUAGGCACAGUAAAAAAUAUAAUAGUAGUUAAAUACAACAGCUCCUUGUCCAUCUUCAGACCAGGCAUGGCAAUAUUCAUUGAACCUUCAAAAGCUCAGCUCUGCAUCCGGUAACAGGAGAAGCUUCAUAGACUUGCCACAGAUAGGUAAGUUGCUUUAUUCUAGACAAGAAGGAAGUUAUAUAUAUGCAGAAGAUCUGCACAUUAUGUGUGUGAGAGGCAGCACAGCCCAGGAAUUAAAUCCUAAGUUUUUCCCUCCCAUUCUUUUUUGUUUUGUUUUUUUCCUGGCCUUGGGAACCAGAAGUAUCUAUUCCAUAUUAACCUGUCUCUGCCCUGAGAAUUGUUGCUUCCUGCCUCAUAGUUCAGCCCUUUUUCCAUCACAGCCAGGAUCUUCUAACAGAAGAAUGGGCACUUCAGUGGACACAACCCCAAAUCUCCUACCUACACUAUAUAAAUGCUUAUAAAUUAGCCAUAGUUUCAAAUUAUAAAAUAAUUGGUAUGAGUAGCUACCUCAUACUUGUUGGACGCAUGGAUGAUGUCUGUUCCCUGAAACUGUGAUCUGCUACAUCAGUGUUUCUCAACCUUGACAAUUUUAAGGCAUGUGGACUUCAACUCCCAGAAUUCCACAGCCAGCAUUGCCUUAAAAUUGCCAAGGUUGAGAAACACUGUGCUACAUCUUCAAUAUAACAGGAAGACCCAGCUUGGGCCAAGACUUGUUUCCAUUGACUUGCAUGGCUUAGAGAUGCCUUUAUGCAAAUAAAUCUGUGAUGGAAAGAUGUACUAGUCAGAGGUAUUAUGCCAAAUCAUAUUUGCAUGCAAUAAGCUUAGCAUGCAGAUUGUUCCUGUGCAAAAAUUAGGUGGGUAGAAUGUGAUUAGUCUUUCCAUAGGGACAUAUGGAUGGUGCAUAUAUAUCUCCCAGCCUCCACAAACAGCCAAGCAAACUUGCAGAAAGCACAACUGCUUUCAUGAUUUGAAGAGAAAGCUUCAUUUCUGCUACAACAUGUUGUGAAAUCCCUCUUUCAAAUGUCUUGCGCAACCAAACCAUUUAUCUUGACUAAUAAUAACUUGGGGAUAAGGCAAACAGUGGUGAGAUGAAGCCCAUGGCUGCCAAAAUUAUAUGGCCAGAGUUAUAGAAUUUGAGUUGCAAAAAUCUGUUAAAGAAUAUCCUGUAUCUCCAGUCUGUACCGUGACUGAAUGGAACUGUGAAAAGAUGUCAGGAUAUAUAUUAUAAAAACACACAUUUAACCAUGGUGGGAGAUUAAAACCACCAUUACUGUAAAGUCAUUACUGAGAAGGACCUUUGUCCCAUCUGUGUCAAGGAAACUCUGAAGUAAAAGUAGAGAAAUGGAAGAAAGCCCCUCUUGUUCCUCAAGAGAAAGAUUGGGAAGUAUCUGGGAACUGCAGCUAAGGCUGGGAAAAACACUAAAUAAGAUUGGGGUUUAUGAAUCGGGUCUCAAAUGACUGACUUUCUGAAGUGUUCAUUAUUUGACUUUUUGUAAAAAUCAUACUUCUCCGAGGGCUCCAAGUUGGAUCAUUCUGGGAAUUGGUAUCUGCACAUCUUAAAAAUUGCCAAGGAUGAGACAGGCUGAUUUGGAUCAUAUAGUUUGGAGGUAUAGUCUUGCAAAAAAACAAAACAAAAAACAAAAAAACAAACAACCUUGUUUGUUUGCUUGGGACUUUGAGCGAACAAGACUUGCCCCUUUUUAUUUGUGUCUUUAUACAGGGAGCCUUUUUUUGUGUUGCUCAUCCCAUCGGCUUUCUUUACCUAGCUAGCGCUCUGUUCCGAGAAGGGAGAAGCCUUGGCCCGAAGUCCUGACGCCCAGUAGACUCAAGUUACAGGGAAAGGAGGUGGCCCUAUGCAAAUGAAGGAGGCCGUAGGAAAAACAAAAGCACCUGACAGACCUGGGAAGUUAAAUGGAAAGCGGAGAGGAUGAGAUUCCCGCCCAGCAUACAAACCUACCUGUCCUGGCUACUCUUUCACUGCUCCGGGACACCUGAGCGAUGUAACCCAGAGAAAGAGAAGCUGCCGCUUUGCGUGGGAAACGGUGCCCGACCCACGCGGGGCUCUUAGGUGGCCACCGUCAGCUGAAAGUUGCUGGCUUGGGUUCUUUUGGUUUAAUUAAGAAAAGAAGCCGGUAUCCAGCUGCAACAUUUUCUGCUUCAGAUCGUACCCUCUUUUCAAAAGAGGAAGCCGAAGGGUGCCCUUUUCGGCUCCUCAAGCCAUGCCGCCCCAGGAGCUCUUGGAUUACUCGCCCACCUUGCGAAGGAGCAGCUGCCCCAGCCGAGGCAGCGGCUCGGAGCUGGGCAUUAAAUGUGUCCUCAUCGGGGAUGGAGCCGUGGGCAAAACCAGCCUGAUUGUCAGCUACACAACAAAUGGAUACCCAGACCAGUACCAGCCGACUGCACUGGACACCUUCUCAGUUCAAGUCUUGAUUGAUGGUGCACCCGUUCGUAUCCAGUUGUGGGACACUGCAGGACAGGAAGACUUUGAUUGCCUCCGCUCUCUCUGUUACUCUGACACAGAUGUCUUUCUGGUUUGCUUCAGUGUUGUAAAUCCCACCUCCUUCCAAAACAUUACAGAAAAAUGGAUUCCAGAAAUAAGAACUCACAAUCCCCAAACACCAGUGGUGCUAGUAGGGACACAAGCUGACCUGAGAGAUGAUGUUAAAGUCCUAAUCAGCCUGAACCGCUACCAUGUAAAACCUGUGCCGAGAACGCAAGCAGAAGGCCUGGCUGAAAAAAUCCGGGCUCAGACUUAUGUAGAGUGCUCUGCUUUGACUCAAAAGAAUCUGAAGGAGGUUUUUGACACAGCCAUUGUUAGUGCAGUUGAAUACAAAGCCCAGCAGGAAAAGAAGAUGACAGCCAAAGGAAUCAAAACUCUCUCUAAAUGCCGAUGGAAGAAAUUCUUCUGCUUUGUCUGAAACUGACUCCAAUAAGAGACAUUUGUAACCCAAAGUAGCCUGGAGCAUAAUCUCUUGUUGGAUUAUGGUGAAACUUGCCUGGGAGACAAGACAUAGAAGUGUAGCAAUCAAAUGGUCCAUGCUACCUUCAAACAUCUGCAAUGGGAUGGUCUGAUGCUGAUGUACUGAGUCCAGCAGCCAAGUUAAUUUAUAUAUAUAUAUAUUCCAGGCAAGAUGACCAGUUUUUACAGCUUUUGAAGGCUUGACAGCAUAUUAAUUGAACAAAUUAAUUAAAUCUGGGAGUAGCAGUCCCAACUUGCCUACAGGGCACGAGAGCAGGGAAGGUUGAAUGAAACUUGAUUUAACGCUUCAGUUAAAUAAAUUUGAGAGUUAUAUCUCAUUUUCAAGUUAUAAUAAUGAAUAGAGGGGUUUCUUGAUGCAGAACUAAAACUUCCACUUCAGCCCUCUUAAAAGUAAAAGGAAAGAAAAGAAGCCCUCAAGAUAUAACUGAGGAUUAAUCCACGUUUGGGGUGAAGAGUGGCUAUGUCACACCCUUAAAACAACACAAUAUUUCUCAAUGAAAUUAUGUGGGGAAAAUGCCUAUGGCUCAAAAAAGUGCGAUGUAGUGCUACUCUAAGAAUAUUUGGAUUUACAUGUGAAAAGCAUACCACAAACUGAAAUAUUGUAGAAAAUAUGUAGCUAGAUAUGUUGGAUGUUUGAGUGUGAAAUAAUUUCUGAACAGGAAAUAUAGUCUGGGCAUCCACUGAAAAAGAUUGAUGCGGUGAUUUGCUCUGAUGUAAACUGUCUGUGUGAACAAACUUUCUGAUUCUCUUUUAAACUCAUCCUUAGAAAGUAUUUUAGCCUAAUCAAAGUUUAACCUGUUCAAACUAAGUUCAAGAUUAGAAGUCCAGCAGCUCUUGAGUAUGCAUUUUUUUCCUCCCUAAAUUAUGUCCUCUUCAUACAGUAUAUUCUUGGACUUUCCAUGCUAGGCAAACUGAUACUGUAUUGCCUAUUUGAAUAAGAUGCCAUCCAGUACCAUGCCAAUAAUGCUGUUUGGCUGGAAGGAAAUGAGCAAUUCUUGUUAUAUCAGGGAUUGGGCCCUAAAUCGUAUUCCUUUGUAUUUCACUGCUAAUACUGAAGGCUUUAAUGUUCCCUCCCUGAAACCUGUAGCAGAAUAAUCAGGUUUACCAAGUUAGCAAUUAAUAUUUAUGUUGUGUAACUAUUACAGCAAGAUGAAGUUUACAUCUGAGAUGGAAAGAUAACCACACAUUAAAAAGACUGAAUUAAAAGCAUGCCAACCAAAUCUCAAAGGGAACGUAUGACACAGUAUUUUCCAAAAUAAUAAAGCAGCAUCCCCAACCUGAUGUUCUCUGCUGUAGGUACAUUGGGAUACAAUGCUCAUAAAUCUAUAGUCCAACUAUGAUGAAUGUGUAUAAAGGGGGAAUAAUCCAGCACAUCUGAAGAGCAUUAAUUGAGAAGAACUGUUCUCCGGGCAUUGAUAAUGUUGACUCCAAAGUGCUAGAGCAAUGGUGGCGAACCUAUGGCAUGGGUGCCAGAGGCAGCACUCAGAGCCCUCUCUAUGGGCACGCACACUAUUGCCUCAGUCCUAGACCUUCAGCUGGGUUUUAUAAAACCUUUUCGCUUUAGGC